GACACUGCUCCAAAUUUCAACUCAUUCACUCUAUCUUCUCUAAGCCCUUGCAAAACCCUGAGCAGAAUAUUCCGGCGGGAUGCCGGCAGUGGCCUCAGAUUCCGGCGAUUUCAACUCGCUCUCCAUCGUUCCACACUCUCUGGAGACGCAGACGCCGAGAGUCUAUCCUCUGCGGACGAGCCGCACAGCGCCGCCGUUCGGGCGCGUCUCGAUCUCCUGGGGUCGUGGAAGCACGCUCCGCGUCUCACUCCUGCAACCUGGAGGAGCUGAAUCCGACGGGGAAGUCGUGGAAGUGAAUCUCACCAAUGCGGAAGGAGGAGAAAUUUCCGAAGCUGAGCGGCAGAGAAUCGCGCACGGCUCGGUCACGCCCUUCGCGCUUCUCCAGAGCCGGAAGAAUCAGAUGGACGAGUUGCAGUAUGACAAAACCUGGUGGGUACAUGUAAUGGAGUACAGCAAUGAAAUUAAAUCUCUCCUUGGUACUUCAAAGUCAUAUAUUACACCAACCAUUGAAAACCCGAAGGCAUUAUUGGAGGAUGUUGAGGAGCCAACCUCAUUGAAAGCUGCCUGGGAGCUGAUGGAAAUGUUUUAUGCUGAUAAGCAAUCUCAGACCUGGAUCCCUGAACGCCUCCUUGAUUGGUUAGCUGAUUUUGAUUGUUUGUUAUCUGCAACUCUGCCAACUGUCCAUGCAAAACUUGUGGCUUUCCAGAAAGCACUUGUAACCAUACAGGAAGUUGAGAAUGAUCCGGAGUAUUGGGAAAUUAUGUCGUCUGCUUUAGGCAUUGGCUGGCUAGACAUUGUUGUAAAAAUGUUGCGGUUGCAUGGAUCUUACCAGUUGGACCAGCUUGGAACUCGAGAGAUUGAAAGUGGACUCGUUGAAGCAGUUGCUGUUCUUAUAUCACAGAUGCCACGAUUGCGUCCUCAUAUAUCAGACGAAAAAUUAGGAGAAUGCUACAACACCAAACCUGAGUUUAUGAAAGCAUGGGAGAAGUGGAGAACUCAAAUCACUAAACUGGACUGCCAUCCUUACUGGCUUCAGUGUGAUCAUAAACAGACCAGAGUUGGACUUAAAAACAUGAUUCAGAUAAUGCUGGGAAAUGCUAAUGUUGUCUCCAACGCAACAUAUCACUGGAUAGAGCUUUACAUUUCUCACCUUUUGUACAUUAGGCCUUUCACAGUGGGUUUAGAAAGUAUGUAUACCCUAGCCCAGAAAUGCAUGCAUUUAAAACCAAUUACCAAUCGACAUAAGUUGAUGGGACUCUUAAUUGGGAUUCUUGAAGAAAAUACAGAGGUUGUUCUCGCCGAAUGCUCAAGAUCAUUUGGCCCCUGGAUGAUAACCCAUGCUGCAGAGCUGCUGACAGCUGGAAGUGCUCAAGCAGAAAUUCUUUUGCAUGAGGAGCAGUCUAAGAUUGGAGGAAUCUGCAUAGAAGAGCUUCAUCGACUGAUUUAUGCUCAAGUUUUAUCAUCUCAUGUCUUGACAUGGAAUAUCGCUCCUAUAUAUUUGACUUCUUGCAUGAAGCAAGGUUUGGGUUUAUUGGAGAAUUUACUGUACAAGCAGCCAGUACAAGUGUUAUCGGAGAGCAUAGAGAUCUGCCGUCUCAAUGGAAUAGAUUAUGUUAGUCACCAUAUGAUGAAGAUAGCUGGAGUUCAUUACUGGAAGCAUGGAGAGAAAGGUUCCGCUGUGUACUGGCUGCAGCAAGCUCAGGAUGAAGUUCGUUUAAACCGAAUUGCGAAGCAUUUAUUUGAUUUUGUUGGAAAAUCAGUUUCUGAUGAAAGUUUCAAGCAAUGGGAAGGAAUGAUUGAUUUGCUGGGAACUGAGUCCAAAACUGCUGGCGGUCUUGAGUUUUUGAAAAAGUACCGGGAUUUCCGGCGAUCCCUCCAGCAAGUUGAGGAUGGAAUCACAACUGACGAUGCUAGAAAAGCUUCAGAAGCCCUCAUAUCUCUAAUGAGAAACCCUUCUACACCUCAACAAUUCUGGCUUCAUCUGCUAAACGACUCAUUGGAAUUGCUGAACUGGAAGGAUCGUCCCUUGUUCAAUGUUUCUCAAACCAACCUUUUGUUGAAUAAAUUGCAAGAGCUGUCGCUUGCGCGACUUCUGCCAGGCUACGUUGAUGCUGACUUGCCACCAGAUGCCUUCAGGUCCGUCCGACUGGCCCUUGCCUCCAAUCUCGGCCGCGCCAUCCUUGAAGAGUAAGAGCCCUUCCUCAAUGCGUGACCUCGUUAUUAGUUUGUGUUACACACCUGCGUGGGAACUUUUCCAACUUUGAUCAUAGGUUUGUGUAUCGACUGAAUGUGUUGUUUGAUUAUAUGGAUUUUCAAUUUAUUGUAAUUACUAAUUAUCAAUAUUUAUAUGUUAUUGUAGUGUAUUACACAUGUAUUCAAUCUUUAACCAUCUCAUUGCUUCA